AGCGUCAACCUAUGAAAAGGAAGGAAUCACGCCGAAGGCCCGCCCUCACACGUCCGGUUCACGAGCGCAGAGUUGCGGGGAGAGCCAGAGCACGAAAUACAUAGCUAAGUUUACAGUACAGUACCUACUGCAAGGAAUCAUGGUCCAAGCCAAAGUAUGGAUCCUGAAGCAACACUUUGAGGGUUUUCCUAAAGACAGUGAUUUUGAGCUGAAGCUGGAGCAGCUGUCUGAGCCGAAAGAUGGAGAAAUGCUUGUGGAAGCAGUUUUUCUAAGUGUGGAUCCCUACAUGCGGCCAUUCAGUAGAAAACGAAUGAAGCCAGGAGAUGUGAUGAUAGGAACUCAGGUGGCCAAAGUAAUUCAGAGUAAAAACCCAGCGUUUCCUGAGGGCAGUCAUGUGGUCGGUAGAUGCGGAUGGAGGACGCACACGGUAUCGAACGGAACAGGAUUCUCCCAGAUCCUGAGCGACUGGCCUGAGAAUGUUCCUCUUUCUCUUGCUCUUGGAGGCAUCGGCAUGCCAGGGCUGACUGCUCUAUAUGGUUUAGAAGAGGUGUUGGACGUUAAACAGGGGGAGACGCUCCUGGUGAACGCGGCGGCUGGUGCUGUAGGAAGCGUCGUGGGUCAGAUCGCUAAACUGAAAGGCUGUAAGGUGGUGGGUUCAGCAGGGAGCGAUGCUAAAGUGGCCUAUCUGAAAGAACUGGGCUUUGACUAUGCUUUUAACUACAAAACUGUUCCCUCGCUGGAGGAAGCUCUAAACCAGGCCUCGCCAGAUGGAUAUGAGUGCUUCUUUGAGAACGUUGGUGGUCAUUUCUCCAGCGUUGCUCUCUCCCAGAUGAAGCAGUUUGGAAGGAUCGCUGUUUGUGGAGGAAUUUCUCUUUACAACGAUAUAGAACCUCAAACAGGUCCAUAUCCACACCUGCCUAUGAUCUUUAAGCAGUUGCGGAUGGAGGGUUUCCUGGUGGGAAGAUGGGAGCAUAAGAAUGAGGAGUCUCAGAGAAGGAUGUUGAUUUGGCUGCAGGAGGGAAAGCUGAAGUGUAGAGAGCAUGUGACUGUUGGAUUUGAGAACAUGCCAGCUGCCUUCAUGGGGAUGCUGCAGGGAGAAAACAUUGGGAAAGCAAUUGUUAGUCUGAGGGUUUUUCUUCCUGCUCAGUAUGGCAACUGAUAAACUGUCUCCUACUACACUAUGUAAUAAAAUCUUGUUUUGCAGAGA